AGGCACUGCAGUCUGCUUUCAGCCCAGCUCAGACGCUCUUGCUAGAGUCUCUCCUGCUUGCUAGCGACACGAAACACAGGCUGUCUGACCAUGGCCACCACAUUCUUGCAAACGUCUUCCACCUUUGGAGGCGGCUCUACCCGAGGGGGUUCCCUCCGUGUCGGUGGAGGCAGCUUUGGUGGAGGGAGUCUCUAUGGGGGAGGCGGAAGCCGAAGUAUCUCUGCUUCAUCUGCUAGGUUUGUCUCCUCGGGGGCAGGAGGGGGGUUUGGAGGUGGCAUGAGUUGUGGCUUUGGGGGUGGUGCUGGUGGUGGUUUUGGUGGAGGCUUUGGUGGGGGUUUUGGUGGUGGCUUUGGUGACUUUGGUGGUGGCGAUGGAGGUCUCCUCUCUGGCAAUGAGAAGGUGACUAUGCAGAACCUCAACGACCGGCUGGCCUCCUACCUGGACAAAGUGCGUGCCCUGGAGCAGGCCAACACAGAGCUGGAGGUGAAGAUCCGAGACUGGUACCAGAAGCAGAGCCCAGCCAGUCCAGAUCGAGACUACAGCCAUUACUUUAAGACCAUGGAAGAGAUCCGGGACAAAAUUCUGGCUGCCACCAUUGAUAACUCGCGUGUUAUCCUGGAGAUUGACAAUGCCAGGCUGGCAGCAGAUGACUUCAGGCUCAAGUAUGAGAAUGAGCUGACCCUGCGUCAGAGCGUGGAGGCCGACAUCAACGGCCUGCGCCGGGUGCUGGAUGAGCUGACCCUGUCCAGGGCUGACCUGGAGAUGCAGAUUGAGCAGCUGAAUGAGGAGCUGGCCUACCUGAAAAAGAACCAUGAGGAGGAGAUGAAAGAGUUCAGCAGUCAGCUGGCUGGCCAGGUCAAUGUGGAAAUGGACGCGGCCCCCGGAGUGGACCUGACCCGCAUGCUGGCAGAGAUGAGGGAGCAGUAUGAGGCCAUUGCAGAGAAAAACCGUCGAGAUGUAGAGGCCUGGUUCUUCAGUAAGACUGAAGAGCUGAACAAGGAGGUGGCAUCUAACACAGAAAUGAUCCAGACCAGCAAGACGGAGAUCACAGACCUGAGGCGGACCCUGCAGGGGCUAGAGAUCGAGUUGCAGUCUCAGCUCAGCAUGAAAGCCGGGCUGGAGAACUCUCUGGCAGAGGUGGAGUGCCGCUAUGCCACACAACUGCAGCAGAUUCAGGGGGUCAUUACCGGCCUGGAGACUCAGUUGAGUGAGCUCCGCUGUGAGAUGGAGGCUCAGAACCAGGAGUACAACCUGUUGCUGGACAUCAAGACUCGGCUGGAGCAGGAGAUUGCCACUUACCGGAACCUGCUCGAGGGCCAGGAUGCUAAGAUGGCUAGUAUUGGUGUCAGGGAAGCAUCCCUGGGAGGAGGCAGCGGAGGCGCCAGUAGCAGCAGCAGCAACUUCCAUAUCAGUGUGGAGGAAUCGGUUGACGGAAAAGUGGUUUCUUCCCGUAAGAGAGAAAUCUAAGUAUCUGGCGCAGGAGAGAAGAACCUUGCCACCCCCUGCUCUCCCUGGGCUGAGAGAGGCACUGGACAGAGAGGCUGGGAAAGUAGGCUCCAGUCCAUGCCUUUGAGGAUCUCCCUGCUUUCCAGUUCCUGGCUCUGCAUGUUCUUCCUACUGUAGCUUUCCCUGCUUCCUUUUGAGUGUGGUGGUGCAGGAAGCAACAGACCUUUGCAUGGCUGCUGUUCCCUCAAUAAAGAAUCACAUUUGUUUUCACAA